AUUAAAGCAGCACGAUACCACCAACCUGUCAUCAGAUCAAGAACAACACAACACAAUGCGACGGUGGAAGCAAAGCAAAUGCAUCACCAAUUAAAUAGUACAUCUCUCUCUCUCUCUCUCUCUAACACCCAAAUCGCAUUCCAUUCCUUUCAACUUUCUUCUCACACAUUCCUUAAAAACCACAAGCAAAACGUGAAAAAAAAUCGAAAACCAGAUCAAUUUAAACACCCAACUCCUCGUACCUCGUACCAAACACAAACCCAAGUAAAAAAGACAAAAAAAAAACAAACGAAAACAAAAACAAUGUCGUACUUCAUCAAACAUAACGAACCCUCUAAUUCGUUUUUUCAAGGUGGUCUUUUUCUUGACGCAAACACUGUUCCUACAUCCUUCAUUACUUUGAUCCCAUCUUCUUCUUCGUCCAAUUCAACCACGGUUUCGUGUUUUUCUUGGGGUAUCAAGAAAAGGGUCGGUAGAGAAAUUCUGAGGGUGGAAGGUGGUGGUGUUUUCUCGUCGUUGAGUUUGUCUUUAAACGGAAGGGAUUCAGAUCAUAGUCAUAGAUACAGUCGAGAAUCCAAUGAAGUUUCGGAGCAACAAAAGAAAAAAGUAGAAGAGGGUGUGUGUGAAGAGAAGGAGAAUGUUCGAGUUAAUGGAUCCGGUGCUGUUAACAUGUCCAAACAUCUCUGGGCUGGUGCUUUUGCUGCCAUGGUUUCAAGAACUUUUGUUGCACCUCUUGAGAGACUUAAGCUGGAAUACAUAGUUCGUGGUGAGCAGAAGAAUCUUUUUGAGCUCAUUCAGACAAUUUCAGCUUCUCAAGGUUUGAAAGGUUUUUGGAAAGGAAAUUUUGUGAAUAUUCUUCGGACAGCACCCUUUAAGGCUAUAAAUUUUUACGCCUAUGAUACAUAUAAAAGUAAACUGGCGCGAAUGUUGGGGAAUGAAGAAUCCACAAAUUUUGAGAGAUUUGUUGCUGGCGCUGCUGCGGGGAUUACGGCUACCUUGCUCUGCUUGCCUAUGGACACUAUCAGGACAGUAAUGGUAGCACCCGGUGGCGAAGCAUUAGGAGGUGUAAUCGGUGUCUUUCGCCAUAUGAUAAAAACUGAGGGCUUCUUUUCUCUUUACAAAGGUUUAGUACCCUCCAUUAUCAGCAUGGCACCUUCAGGUGCUGUCUACUAUGGUGUUUAUGAUAUUUUAAAGUCGGCAUAUCUGCAUUCACCCGAGGGAAUGAAAAGAAUACGUUAUAUGAAAGAAGAGGGUCAAGAGCUGAAUGCUUUGGAACAACUGGAAUUGGGUACCAUUAGAACUUUAUUAUAUGGUGCUAUUGCUGGUUGUUGUUCUGAAGCUGCUACAUAUCCAUUUGAAGUUGUAAGGAGACAGCUUCAAUUGCAAGUUCCGGCAACGAGGAUGAAUGCACUAGCGACUUGUGCCAAGAUUGUUGAGCAAGGAGGUGUUCCCGCUCUCUAUGCAGGUUUAACUCCAAGCUUAUUGCAGGUGUUACCAUCUGCUGCUAUCAGUUACUUUGUAUACGAGUUCAUGAAGAUAGUUCUGAAAGUAGAAUCAACAUAGGUAGAUUAUUAUACAAGCAAUUCAAACAACAGAUAUAGUUUGAUGAUUGAAGAUGAGAAUAUUCUCCACAUGUUGUGUCCAAACCAUGGACCUAAGCGGCUUAUUAUCCACACAUUUUAUAACUGUUUGACAACAUACAUAGCUGGCAAUGCUUUCAUGAAUAGGAGGAGGCUUGAUGAAAAUAUUUUGGUUUUUAUUUUUGUAGACAAAUGUUAGUGGUAAAUUUGUUAGGAGUAGAGAGAACAUGUUAGUAGCAGGAAUCAAAUCAAAUCCUAAACUUCAUUUAUAAUACUCAUUCAGCCCCCAACCAUACCAUUGGAGGAAGUAUAGAAGCUUUGUUAAUUUUUUUUUUCCUUUUCAUGUUUGUAGCUUUGGAUGAUAGUUUACUACAAUACAUACUUUGACCCAAAUGGUUUUAUUUUUUUAUUUUUUAUUUUUCAUCCAAAAUAAGAUUUUCCUCUGAUGAGUGACUUCAAAAAUUAAACUCAAGUUUUUUUUAAGA